AGUCGAUUGCCGAUCGCAUCGAGCUGCGGCUGUGCUGAUGUAAAGUUGCAUUUCAGCAGCAGAGGAGCAGACCCGACGCACAAUAGCUUCUGUGCUCUCAUUUCCAUUGCUUUAAUACAACAUUAUUUAUCUGUCGUUGGACUAAGACAGACAUGGCGACGGAGAUAACGAAAGGUGUGGAACAAGUUUCAGUGGGAGAGCUGUAUGUGUCGGACAAAUGUGGCAGCGACCAGGAUGGGGACGGCACGGAGGCGAAACCAUUCAAAACUCCUCUCGGGGCUCUGAUGUCCGCGGGGAAGGAGCCGUUCCCGACCGUCUACGUAGAAUCACAGAAGGAGGGAGAGCGUUGGGCGGUGAUCUCUAAGACGCAGAUGAAGAACGCCAAGAAGGCCUUUAACCGCGAGCAGAUCAAGUGUGAUGCCAAAGACAAGAAGGAGGCGGAGGACACCGAGAGGAGAGAGAAGAACAUGGACGAAGCCAAGAAGAUCACCAUUGAGAAGGACCUCAGCCUGCCUGAGCCUGAAACGGUUAAAAUCCAUCAUCUGGAGGCCAAGAGAGGUCAGAGGGUCAAAGUGUUUGGAUGGGUGCAUCGCCUCAGGAGACAGGGAAAGAACCUGAUGUUUAUCGUGCUGAGAGACGGGACUGGUUUCCUCCAGUGUGUCCUGUCUGAUAAACUGUGUCAGUGCUACAACGGCCUGGUGUUGUCCACAGAGAGCACUGUAGGUCUGUACGGCACCGUCACUGCAGUGCCCGAGGGGAAACAGGCGCCCGGGGGCCACGAGCUACACUGUGACUUCUGGGAGCUGAUUGGCUUAGCUCCGGCUGGCGGGGCCGACAACCUCCUGAACGAGGAGUCAGACGUGGACGUGCAGCUGAACAACCGACACAUGCUGAUCAGAGGAGAGAACGUGUCCAAGGUGCUCCGCGUGCGCUCCACCGUCACGCAGUGCUUCAGAGAUCACUUCUUCAGCAAAGGAUACUGCGAGAUCACUCCUCCGACCUUUGUGCAGACGCAGGUGGAGGGCGGCUCCACGCUCUUUAACCUGGACUACUUUGGCGAGCAGGCGUACCUGACGCAGUCCUCUCAGCUCUACCUGGAGACCUGCAUCCCCGCCCUGGGGGACACCUUCUGCAUCGCCCAGUCCUACCGGGCGGAGCAGUCCCGCACCCGCAGACACCUGGCCGAGUACACUCACAUCGAGGCCGAGUGUCCCUUCAUGUCUUUUGAAGACCUGCUGAACAAACUGGAGGACCUGGUGUGUGACGUGGUGGACCGAGUGCUGAAGUCCCCCGCCGCUCAGCUGCUCUACGACAUCAACCCCAACUUCAAACCACCCAAGAGGCCGUUCAAGAGGAUGGCUUACACUGAAGCCAUCGAGUGGCUCCGAGAGCACGACAUCAAGAAGGAAGACGGCUCCUUCUAUGAGUUUGGAGAGGACAUCCCCGAGGCUCCGGAGAGGUUGAUGACGGACGCCCUGAACGAGACCAUCCUCCUCUGCCGCUUCCCCGCCGAGAUCAAAUCCUUCUACAUGAAGCGCUGCGACGACGACAGGCGCCUCACCGAGUCGGUCGAUGUGUUGAUGCCGAACGUUGGCGAGAUCGUCGGAGGCUCGAUGCGUAUCUGGGACGCUGAGGAGCUGCUGGAGGGGUUCAAGAGGGAGGGAAUCGACCCCACCCCCUACUACUGGUACACUGACCAGAGGAAGUACGGCACAUGUCCUCACGGCGGCUACGGUCUGGGUCUGGAGCGUUUCCUCACCUGGCUGCUGAACAGACAUCACAUCAGAGACGUCUGCCUGUACCCACGCUUCAUCCAGCGCUGCAGGCCCUGAAAGCGCACACACACACACACACACACACACACACACACACACACACACACAUAUUCUCACCCACACACACACACCUGGCAUGUGGGACAUUAAAUGUGUUGCUCCAAUAUCAAAUCCAAUCAUACUGUUUUGUCCCUUGGCUGUUUUUCUAUCAAACUACGUCCACAGUUAGAGAUUCCACCUGCUGUGCUCCGCCUCAAACUUUUCCUAUUUGUUCUGACGUGAAACCUGAAUGGGAUAAUUUCUUCCUCUGAUCAUGUUCUAAUUGGUGGAUAAUUAACAAGAAUAAUCACUUUAGUUUCCUGCGAUUGUGUGCAAGUGCUGUUAAAAAAUGUCUCAAUCGAGUUCUUCAGUGGCUGAAAUAUGUUGGUGUUUUCUGUGUGUUAGUUGUGGUGUAAAAACAGUAAAGGCAGGUACACACACUCUCAUCAUUGUGCUGGUAGACCAAUGCUUAAACAUCAAACCAACAGCGCUGCUUUGGUGCACUUUUCAUGCAUUUGGGAACAUUACAAAAGAAAGUGGGUAAAAGAACGUUCGGAGCAGCCUUUGCAUUUCAGGAUUGAUGGUUUAUAUAUGUGAGAAAAACUGUUUGUGUUUCUGCCUCCUUAUUUCAACUACUCCUCAACUCAAUAAACUGCACUGAAAUAAAUGUGAUUCUAACGGA